AUGUCACACUCAUCAAGACGCCGCGGGCCUCGUGUCAAACCAGAUCCUGAGGAUAAUACUUCUAUGCCAGAUUCUGGAACUGUCAACUUCAACAUUCGCACUGCUCCUCCUGCUCCCUCUAGUUACGGUGGCAGUACCAGCUAUAUCCCGCCCGAUCAGGCCUUCUAUCAUCAUAGAUCGGAUGCCCCAACACCAAGUGAACGCAUCACUGAACCUGAGCCUCUCCUAAGGGAACUCAGGAUGCGUCCUAACGCAGCAGCCGAAAGCCCAACUAACGUUCCCACGGAUGGGAGCUUCUUUCAAACCUCCUUCCAGGACAUCGGAAAGAAGCUCAAGGCGUGCAACGACACCCUGGGUGAGCUCCAGCAGCUCGGUGUUGAUCACGAUGUCCCGCUUCCCGAGCUUGUGCUUGUUGGCGAUCAGUCUGCAGGAAAAUCUAGUUUGAUGUCAGGUCUCGCAAAUCUCGACCUACCUCGCAGUGAAGGCACAUGUACACGAUGCCCGCUCCAUAUCAGGGUAUCACGAAGUCACGAUUCCUCUUGCCGUGUAUCGCUACGCAAAGCAUACUCCUAUCAGCCUCCGCCUAGUGGCCGCAUUUCAGAGGGGGAUGUCACUGACAGAGAUCCUUUCUUCCCCUGGCGCAAACUACCAUCCAGUGCGACUCAUGAGUUCAAGACCAUGAUCGAACACAGUGAGAUUGAAGAUGUUUUGAGAUGGGCCCAAAUCGCUAUUCUCAAUGAUGACAAGAGUCACGAGCUAUUUAUCCCUGGCUCGGGUGCACUGGCUGUCAAAAUCCCCAUCGACAGAGCCGCUGAAGCAGUGGCUGCAAAGUUUUCACCGAAUAUUGUUGCACUCGAGAUCAAAGGUCCAAACCUUCCCGACCUUUCUUUCUACGAUAUGCCUGGCAUUUUCCAGAACCCUGCCGACGCAAGCGACGACUAUCUUGUUAGUGUCGUAAGGAAUCUGUCGAAGGAGUAUAUCCAGCACCCGUCUGCUAUCAUCAUGUGUUCUAUGCCAAUGAACAGCGAUGCGGAGAAUUCUUCAACUUUUGGUCUUAUACGUAGACUAGGCGCUCUUAACAGGACAAUCGGCGUUUUGACCAAGGCUGAUCUGAUACCAGAGAAUGGCAAUCAUGAGCAAUGGCUUGCUAUCAUGAGAGGACAAGCUCAUAUUGCUGGUCUGGGGUAUUUCAUCACUUCGCGGCCACAGGGCAAAGACCUUGAUGAGCUCAAGAAAUGGGAAGAGCUAGUUUUUGUGGAUCAUUCUCUCGAACGAUGGCCUGCGACAUUUUAUGAGUUUUCGGAGCGAUGCGGUGUGGAAAAGUUGAAGGAUUUCCUGUCGGAAAAGCUUGGGCAAGAAUUUGCGAAAAGUCUACCCCAUAUCAAGCAGAAGCUAAGACAGCGCCUCAAUGACAUCGUUGAGCAACUCGAAAGGCUACCAGAACUCCCUGACAAUGUUGAACUUGAGGUUCAGACCAGUGUUAUGGAGUUUGGUGAACUAACCCGGACACAACUCAAGCCUUCCGAGUUCUCAAAGCAUUUUGUUCCGCUUCCGGAUAACUUUCGCGACUGUCUGCUAGACAUGAAGCCAAAAUUUACCCUCCGAGAUAGCAGUGACAUUCCUGUUGUAGAUAUCUCUGAUGAUGAGUCAGAUGCAGGUUCCGUGGCGCCAGCCGUCAACCCACAUACGCCUAGUAAACGACGGGCUAUGGCGCCGCCUAUUACUCCUUCUAAACGAGUUCGCAUGGAGCAAACCCCGGCAGGGACUCCCUCGCGAUCGCUGCAGCCUGAAGAUAGUAGGGCUAGCGUGGCCGGCUCCCCUGCUCCCCGUCGGCAACUCUUCCCAGCCCCAUUUACUCCCUUUAGUGGAGUUGGGCGAGGCUUCAGGACUCUUCGACAAGUUCGUGAUGAGAUUAAGUCUAAGACUAGAGCUGGGGUGCCUGACAUCAUCACUGAAGAAGUCUAUAACGAUAUGUGCCGAGAAGCCAUUGAACCAUGGUCAGGGCCCAUGAAAGCAUUUCUAGAUCAUGUUAUGAGCCUGCUGGAUGAUAUGCUUGAUCAGGCACUGGCCAAGUCGUUUGCAAGCCUCAAUAAACGGUUGAUUUUCCGGGAGUGCAGGAAGAUUUUGACAGAGUAUCUCAACGACCGUCGCAGAGAAACAGCUGGAGCGCUUGACCUCGUGUACCGUCUCGAAACCUACGGCCUGUUCACUGUCAACCAGGAGGCCUUCCGCAGAUAUCAAAAGGAUGAACAGAUUCUCUUAACGCGUUAUCGCCACCAAAUGCGUAUGCAGGCUGCAGGGUAUGGGGAUGGUCGUGCUCCCGUUCCGUGGGAAAGUCUUACGGAGGAGAAGCGUGUUCUCGACGAAAAGCGACGUGAAAACGAGUUGACAAAACUCGGGCCGGACUCCUUCGAGCGGGAGCUGGAAGUGGUAGCUUAUGUUAGAGGCUACUACCGCCUUGCAGCGCUGAGGUUCGCGGAUGCCGUGGCGCUGCAUAUUACAAACGGCAUGAUACCGCAUAUCCAACGAAAUUUGCCCUUCCAUCUCGACCGAAAGCUAGGCAUUGCUGGAGCCGAUGCCAAGAGUGUUUACGAGAGACUCAUGGAGGAGGAUUCUGACACCGCAGCCAGGCGGGGAACACUCAGGGGAGAGCGCGAGAAGUUUGUGCGGGCUCUUGACAGCAUCGAGGAACUGGAGCGUGGGGCUGGCAGUAGCACCCUUUCAGAGGAAGAAAACGAUGACGACGACAUGGACGAUGCCCCCCUCAUGAGCGGUGCACUUCCCGCCGAGGAGAUUUGA